AACAGUUUCGCGCACGGAAGAUUGCCUUACCACUUGAUCAAGCAAGAACCUCAACUACGCAACCUCCUGAGAAGUAUCCCCCAAAGGAAAAUCAUAUUCACGAACUCGGACAGGAACCACGCAAUCGCGGCGCUGAAAAGGCUAGGAUUGGAAGACUGCUUCGAAAAGAUCAUCUGCUUUGAGACCAUGAACCCGAACCUGCCUAACUCGACCCGACCCGACGAGUUCCCGGUCCUCCUCAAGCCCUCCAUGGACGCCAUGAAAAUCGCCCUCCGCGCCGCCGACGUCGAUCCCCGCCGCACGCUGUUUCUAGACGACAACUGCCGCAACGUGGCAGCAGGGAAAGCUCUGGGCCUCUCCACCGUCCUGGUAAACUUUUUGCUUUUGUUUUUACUCUCCACCUGUCGUUUUGUGCUUCUUUUUUUUAACAGUGGGGGUGAAAAUUAAAUAUCUUUUCUGGACACGUGUAAGACGAUAGAAUUUGAUGAAAUGGACCAAUAAUUGGAACCGAUACGAUUUGCAGGUAGGGAAGACGGUGAAGAGCCCGGAAGCAGACUACGUGCUGGAAAAGAUCCACAAUCUGGCACAGGUGGUGCCGGAGAUCUGGGCCGCCGCCGGCGGCGAUCAACGGAUCAACCGGAGCAAGAGCGAGAUGGAUUCGAUUCUCGUCACCGCCGCGGCCACCGUGGUGGCCUAAUCGGAAGGUGGAACGUAACUGUACACAAGAUCUGCGUACAUUACUAUGGAGUUAAUGGGUACAUAGGUGUAAACAAGUUGCUAGAGUAACGUGAUGGGCGUGACAAAUAAAGGGGGGGGGGGGGGGGGGGGGGGGAAAGAACAAGUUGUACAUGUGAUGUGUAUUACUAAUUAAUGGCUUUAAUGUAAUGUUUGUAACGAGGUUCCAUGGUGUUGAUAAGAAGUGGAAAUAAGAAAUGUAAAGUUGCUUUCUAGAACCUUCUGGGUUUGUUGUUAUUUUGAUAUGAUCGAUUGUUAAGAAGCCUUGGGUUGGUGUGGGGAAUGGGAUCACGAUUAGUAUGCAUUAGGAUAUUCCACCAAUUUGUUCGACCAAAUUUGACCGCACUCAAGCAUAUGCCUAGGAAGCCUGUUGAUUAGGUAAACGGAAUGAAAGAAUGCAAUCAUUUCAUUAUUGUAAAGGAAGCCAAACUACAAAGGUAAAGAUAGUCUAACUAACGGUAGCUUCAAGCGAGACAUGUUGGUGUUUCAGGAGGUAUGAGGUUGUUG